GUCUAUGCUUCUAACAAUAGAUAAUAACUACUUCUAACUUUUAUGAUCCAAAGACUCUAUGUAUGGGAAUAUGGGAAUGUAGCCGUGCUGACGUCAGUGUCACUGUCAGGUCAGUGUAACCUAUCGAUAAACAUUGCUCCUUGAUUGUGAAUCGUGAUUGCUAAUUUGUUACCUAUAACAAAUAUAAUCCAUUUGUAAAUCCAAAAUACAUUUAUAAUAUGUAAUAGUCUGAAAGCGACUAGUAAAUAGUGAUCUGUGCAUAAUACAUGCUCUGUGUAAAAUACCAUACAUUGUAGUACAUUUAUUUUAUACCAAACUAAAAAAUAUCACCAGGAAUGUGCUGUGUGCAGUGAAUAAUGUGGCGAUAAACAUUGAAGUAACCUAUUUUUAAUGUUAAGCGAAUUGUGGUUGUGACUUCUGCGAACGCUGAUUUUAUUUUCACUGUAUAGGUAGAUCUAUAGGCAUAACAAUGUCAUCACGGCACGAAGUACAACGGCAUGAGCGUUCAGAAAGCUCAUCUUCAAAACAACGAAAUGACCAAAGGCAUAAAAGUUAUGAGAGAACUCGACCUCAGUCUCCUAAAUCAUCAAAGCAGAGAUCCGAUAGCAGAGAUAGAACCAAGCACAAAAAGAGUAAGAAAAAGAAAAGGCAAUCAUCUAGCAGCAGUUCAAGUAGUGAUGAAGAGGAGCUCAAGUUGCUGCAAAGGCUUGAAGCAGAACGACUUCGGCUGAAGGAGGAAAAGAAAAAACAGAAAGAACUACUAAAGGCAAAUGAAACACCAGAAGAAAAGAGGGCUCGUCGUUUACGGGAAAAACAAGAAAAGGAGCGCAAGCGUCGUGAGCGCAUGGGCUGGGACAAUGAAUACCAAUGCUAUACCAAUCAAGACAAUCCGUUCGGGGACUCUGCGCUUACCAACACUUUUGUCUGGACCAAGAAACUUGCUAAGGAAGGCGUCAAGACUGUGUCACGUGAUGAAUUAGAAGCUCUCAAUCGACAAAAGCAGUUGGAAAAUAAAAUAGAAUUGGAAAAAGUGAAGCAGCGACGGCUGGAGCGCGAGGCGGAGCGCGUGGCGCGCGAGGCGGAGGCGGCGGCCGCGGCGCGCGCGCGCGAGGCGCUGCAGUUCCACACGUGGGCGCGCCAGGAGGACGCCUUCCAUCUGCACCAGGCGCGGCUACGCUCGCAGAUACGCAUCCGCGACGGACGAGCCAAGCCCAUAGACCUACUGGCGUGGUACGUGAGCUCGGAGGAAUGCGUGGAUGCGCUGGAGAUGCACGAGCCCUACACUUACCUCAACGGUUUGCAGAGCCAGGACCUGGAAGAUCUGCUAGAAGAUAUCAAGGUGUACAAGGAACUGGAGAACAACGCGAACCAGGCGUACUGGGAAGACGUGCAGACCAUAGUGCUGGACGAGCUCAGCAAGCUGCGGCGCCUGGCCGCGCCCGACGCGCGUCGCGAUGGCGUCCACCAGGCCGUCGCCGACGACGUCACGCAGAUAUUCAAAGGCAAGACGGGCGCGCAGCUGGAGGCGCUGCAGACUCAGAUCGAGCAGAAGAUCAGCGGCCGCCACGACGGCGUCGACGUCGGCUACUGGGAGAGCUUGCUCAGCCAGCUUAAAGCGCACAUGUCGCGCGCGCGGCUCCGCGACCGCCACCAGACCAACCUGCGCCGCAAGCUGCAGCUGCUCAAGCAGGAGCAGGGCGUGCAGCCGGCGCGCGGAGACCAGUCUGCGCACGGAGACCUGGACGGGCAGUCUGCGCACGGAGACCUGGACGUACAGUCUGCGCACGGAAACCAGGACGUGCAGUCUGCGCUCGGAGACCAGGACGUGCAGUCUGCGCACCAAGAGCAGGACGUGCAGUCUGCGCAGCAGGGGCCCAGCUCUCAGCCCGCGCAGCAGGAGCAGAACUUGCAGCGAGGGCAGGCCGUGCAGGAGCAGAGCGCGUCGCGCGCCGCCAGCCCCGCGUGGGACGCGGACGAGGGCGGCGCGGCGGCGUGCGUGGCGCUGUACGAGGCGGGCCGCUACUCGCCCGCCCCGCUGGCGCCGGCCGCGCUGGAGCCGGGCACGCUGCUGACGGAGCCGGCGCUGGACGCGCAGCGCCUGGCCUACCUGCGCGCGCGCCUGCAGCCGGCCGCGGCCGCGCCCGACCCGCUGGAGCGCGAGGCGCGGCGCGCCAUGGCGGCGGCGGCGUCGGACGCGGACGAGGCGCAGUUCAGCGUGGAGCACGCGCUGCCGGAGCAGCCGUGCCUGUGGGCCGACAAGUACCGCCCGCGCAAGCCGCGCUACUUCAACAGGGUUCACACGGGCUUCGAGUGGAACAAGUACAACCAGACCCAUUACGACAUGGACAAUCCUCCUCCUAAGAUCGUGCAAGGUUACAAGUUCAACAUCUUCUACCCGGAUCUAAUAGACAAGAAUGCCACGCCGGAGUUCUCUCUGAAACCGUGCCCCGAGAAUCCAGAUUUCGCAGUACUGAGGUUCCACGCGGGCCCGCCUUACGAAGACAUCGCGUUCAAGAUAGUGAACCGCGAGUGGGAGUACUCGUACAAGCGCGGCUUCCGCUGUCACUUCCACAACAAUAUCUUCCAGUUGUGGUUCCACUUCAAGAGAUACCGCUACCGCCGCUAGACCGCUGCCUCGCGGACCAUACCGCGCCAAUACUUGGGGACCAUACAGAUUAUUUACAUGCAAAAAGAAGAACUGCAUUAAAAAAAUCAUCCAAUGGGACCGUCAUUUAUUAAAUGGAUGAUGGGAAUGAUGUUAUAUUGAUUCUCAUUUGUGCCUUUAUUUUCACGAUCGACAACACCAUGUUACCCAGCAAAUUAAAAUUAUUUUGUAUUGGGCAAUAGAUUCCUAAAUAUCUAAGUUGCUCGAAGACUACAACAAAUAUUGCGAAUAAAAAUUUAAAGUAAAUAAAUCAACUUCCUCUUCGAUCAACUAUACACCUAUAAAUAGUAGUAGUAUAGUUGAUCAAACAACUUCCUGCAUACUGAUUCAGGAAAUUGUUAAAGGUGUUAGGAAAAAAGAUUUUAUAGCAUUUUUUUAAUUACCAAAUCCUCAAAGUCUGUGGGUCUAGUAAAUAAGUAUCCUGGAAUCCGUGCCUCCUACUAUAUUGUACACCGUAGUUAUAUCAAUUAAAUCAUAAUUUCCACAUCUUUUCUUAGUUGUUUAUUUAUACUGCUCUCUUUCGCCUUGGCUUUGGCUUUGCUUGGCUCGUUGGCCGAGUGGUCGCAAGUGCGACUGCCGGACAAGGGGUCUCCCCCUUGUACCCCCUUGCACUUGCACUUGCGGGUUCGAUUCUAGGGAAGGGCAAAGUAUAACUGGGUUUUUAAAAAUCUCAGUAGUAGCACGGUGUCUGGAAAUGUGCCCGGUAUAUGGCAAUAGGCUCACCCCGUAUUACAUGGGACUCAUAACAUAAAUAGUGAAAAGUGGGUGUUACAUUGUACAGUGGCAUUAAACUGUCAAACACCAAGCGGUCACCGGUGACCGCAACCUAUUGUUCUUUAAUUGUGUCUAUAAAUACGGUACUCGACGAGUUAAGUGCCCUUUUUUUUUCAAUAAAUUGAGAAGCCGAGAUAAUUUAUUUUGCCUGAGUAAAACACUCAAUAUACACAUGCAGUUUAAAGAAAAUGUCCAUGGAUGGCUUUGAUCGUUGAUAUUUUAUUUAAAACCCUUAUUAUUAGGCAACUAUGGCCCAUAGAUUAUAGAGAUACACUUAACAGACUAGACUUAUAUAAAAUAUUAUAAUAUACAGUUGAUGUUAGUGUUAGUAAAUUCGCACCAAGUCACUGCGCUCGUGUGGCUCUUGUCUGCGGACGGGACACCGGCGCUUGCGGCCAGAAGUCCUCUUCCAAAACAAGGUGGAGAAAACAUGUUGGCAUUCUCACCACAUAAGCCAUGAACUUACCGUUGUGGGUCAACUCCAACAACUGCGCUCACACCCUACAUCUGGUCUUCUGAAGCACGUACUCCACGAUGUUCUCUGCCGUGGUGGUGUAGAUUAUACUUUUAUACUUACCAUGGUAUAGUGUAGGCAAGGAUAAUACCACCAGGUGACCUGGCUGCUUGUUUGCCUCAUCUAUACUAUCUAUACUAAUAUUAUAAAGAGGAAAGAUUUGUAUUUUUGUAUGUUUGUAAUGAAUAAACUCAAAAACUACUGAACCGAUUGCAAUAAUUUUUUCACCAUUCGAAAGCUGCAUUAUUCAGAAGUAACAUAGGCUAUAUAAUAUCACGCUAGGUCCUAUAGUUGUGGAGCAGUAACCAAAAAUGUUUUAAAAACGGGGGAAAAGUAUCGUUUCUGAGGCCUUCCGUGGCGUGCGCUGAGCAUAUAGUUAAAGUUAUACAAAAAUGUUCUAUAGAUGAAUUGUUUAUCUUAACAUUAUUUUUAAAAAAGUCCGCGAGAGCAUAUGUCUACCUUUUAUAGUUUACCCAUAACAAUCGUUUUAAUGAAUGGUUCAAUCCUUAUAAAAGUUUACUCUAGAUAACUUUUGAAUUAUUCAAUCGGUUACCUUAAGACGCGACAUCGACAACGGAGGGCAGGUCGCUAAAAAAAAACUGAGAAUAAAUAUAAAUAAAACGUAAAACUAUGUAAAAAAUCUUAAGUCCCCCCGUGCGAAGCCGGGACGGGCCGCUAGUAUUCCAUAAAAAGCUAUCUGAGUCUAUGAGAAGUACCAGUUUUAUUUUGAUGAUCAUGACACGAGUGAGUGAAUGUAAUUAAUGCGAAACUUUGCUUUUGCAUAACUUAGGAACAAAAUGACCUACAGGCUUGAAAUUAUAGGUUGAAUUGAUAUUAAAUUUGUGAUUACAGCUUACUGGAUGAUGAUAAUUUCUGCGUUAUGGUCUUAUCCAGAAAUCCAGAGGGUCUCAAAUGGGGCCUGAAAAUGCGACGAAAUGGUUCCAGUAAAGAAUGGUACGGCAGUGUUAGCUUCGUGCUAGAGUUGGCGGGGGCACUGCCGGGCCCCCAGAUUCAAGAUCGGCCUCUCUUCUAUUAGAAUAACUUUAUUUCAUGGUUUUGUAAUAUGAGAAUCCAUUCUUAUAAGAUUAUACCUAUUACCAUACCUUACCAAAAUCAUCAUUAAACUGUCAAACACCAAGCGGUCACCGGUGACGGCAACCUAUUGUUCUUUAAUUGUGUCUAUAAAUACGGUACUCGACGAGUUAAACAAGGUAGUUUCAUUAUUGUAUGUAGCCAUUCUAAAAAACUUACUCCUGAUAUAAAAAGACCUACUUAAAUAGAGUAUUUACUCCCAGAUAUUUUCAUGUAGGUACAUAAUAGUGCAAAGUGGGUGUUAAAUUGUGCAGUGGCAUUAAAUGCCAUAAGAAUAAAGGGGUCCAUAUAAGAGUAAUAAUUAUAAGAUGAAUAUCAAACACAAUAAAUCAUUUUGAUGAUUUUAGGUUCUUUAUUUACAUGGAUUUCACAAACAUACUAUUUUCUCUAAGUAAUUAUAUUAUUGUUUCGCCUUCUCAUCAGCUGCAUUAACUACUUCUUCAGAAGCAGGAUUGCUGCGGAAAUUAGGGAAUUGUUCCCAAGGGGCACUUAACUCAAAACGCCUGAACUCUUGAGCCAAUUCCAAAGGCUCUACUACCACACGUUUUUGUUCAUCAUCAUAGCGUACCUCCACAUAGCCACUUAAUGGAAAAUCUUUUCUAAAUGGAUGACCCUCAAAACCAUAAUCAGUCAAAAUUCUCCUCAAAUCAGGAUGGUUAGCAAAGAAUACUCCAUACAUGUCCCAGAUUUCUCUUUCAUACCAGUUUGCAGCUUUGAAGACAUCAUUGGCGGAAUCGACAGGAGUCAGUUCAUCAGUGUAUGUCUUGACUCUAAUCCUGGCAUUGUACCGCAGAGACAGUAAGUUGUAAAUGAUCUCAAACCUGUUGGGUCUGUUAGGUACAUCCAUGCCAGCAAUGUCCACAAGAUUGGUGAAUUGAGCGCUGUGGUUGUCUUUUAAAAACUGCAAGACUGGAAUAACACCCUCAGGAGGGAUAAGAACUUCCAAUUCAUUCCCAGCAGUAAGUUGAACCUUUUGUAUGUAUUUGGGCAAACAUUCUGCAACAUAUUUGCCAAAGUCGACUAGAUGGGUUUUUUGAAGAGGAUCAACUUUGGCCACAGUAGGCCGUGUUUCGGCCUGGGGGCCAGCCUGAUUAGCUUUUGUAGCAACUCGCACUAUGACAGGAGUCUUCACAUAGUUCAAAAUGUUGCGUCCCCAACAUACAGUAGCACCGGCGGUACGUUUCAGUAAUAAUGACAUCUCGUUCGAUAAUAUUUUCAAAAUAAACUUACGUAAUGAAAUUCGAUUCAAUUCUAUUACAACCCACACCAGUCACCACUCACACCAAAACAAGACGAAGACGAACGAGACGAGAUUACGAGAUAGAUAUGACAUC